GACAGGGUGAACUGGAGCGGAAUUUCGCCUUCUGUAGAAUACCAUCGAAUGUGAUGUUAUCAUUCGUCUCUCGAGAUGAUCAGACUCACCCUGCGCGCUGUUCAGUCAUGGCGGGUCAGGAAUGUGCGCUCCAUGUUUUACAAGGCAUUGUAAGACCGUGUUAAAACUAACCAAUUGGGAAAAUAAUGAUGUGGUUUGAUCGAGGUUUACCAAGCAAUGUGAUGGGCAGCAACUCAAGUAAACACAAGAAACAGAUGCCAAGCCAGGAGAGACGACGCAAUCAAGGCUGGCAUGGCCUUCUCUCCAAUAUUGGAAUAUCCUUUACUGAUGGACUUCGCCACCUUGGCCCACCUGUUCUGGCCACACAGGGCAUGGAGCUCGGCAGCGGAGCCCCAAUCCCUGAGGACCUCCUCCCCCCAGGACACAGCCCUCAGAAGCCUGGCAUGGAGUCGACACUCCCUGGCUUCAUCUCUGUCUUUCUGCCUGAGUUCCCACACCGUACAUUUACUGGGCAAGACGAUUUCCAGAUCCUGGGCUUCAUAGCUAAAGGCUCCUUUGGUCCUAUCUUGAAAGUAAAGGACAGGUCGAAGGAGAAGACUUAUGCCGUUAAGGUUUUACCCAAGUCUGAGAUACUUAAGCAUGGGGUCCUGGAACAGUCAAAGGAGGAGGUCAUCAUUCAGCGGCAGCUCAGCCACCCAUUCCUCCACAAUCUGCAGGACUGCUGGCAGACCCAGCGCCACCUCUUCAUUAUGUGUGAGUACUGCAGUACUGGAGACCUGUACACCUACUGGAUACUGAAGGGCCAGUUUGGGGAUGAUGAGGCUCGGGUGUUCGCUGCAGAGCUAGGCUGUGCUUUGGGUUUCCUUCACGACUUUGGGAUCAUGCAUAGGGAUGUGAAGAUGGAGAAUGUCCUUCUGUCUGACCAAGGCCAUCUGCGUUUAGCUGACUUUGGACUUUCUCGCCGUCUUGAGCGGGGCGCAAGAGCAUUUACAAUUUGUGGGACAAUCCAAUACAUGGCUCCUGAAGUCCUGAGUGGGGGUCCCUACAGCCAUGCUGCUGAUUGGUGGUCUCUCGGCAUUCUGUUGUUCUCAAUGGUGACUGGAAAGUUCCCUGUACCUCCAGAGCCAGACCACUGCAACAUGCUGAGAAAGGUCAGAGACUGCCCAUACUCCAUACCCAAGACCUUCAGGCCUGCGCUAGCCCUUCUGCUCACAGAGCUCCUAUGCAAGAACCCAGCCCAUCGCCUACAUAGCCUGGAGCGCUUCAAAAGGCAGGUGUUUUUCCAUGGCACUUCCUUUGACUCUCAGCUACUACAGAAGAGACCUGUUGAAUUAAUUCUUGAACUGAAGAACCAUCCUGAUCGUCCAGUCAAAGCAAUGCGGGGCCUGUCUAUGGACUACUUCCAGAACUUUGACUGUGACAUCCUACACUCCCCUACCAGCCCCACUGACCUGUCACCUACCUUGGCCAACAUUGACCUGAGCCAGGCUCUGGCUACAGCUCAGGGUUGUAGUGAAUGAGAUGUGCCUGUUCUACUUUGCCUCAAUACUGCCUGCAAAUUAAUAGAAACAUUUGAUAUAUACUUUGUACCGCAUGUAUACUUGGUUGUGAAAAAGCUACUGUACAGUGCAUUUGUAAAGUAUUCAGACUCCUUCACUUUUUCCAUAUUUUGUUACGUUACAGCCUUAUUCUA